GACUGUAUCCUCUCCGGAUCGGACCUUGCCGCCAUCGUCUCCCUCAGAGACCACCAUUGCAUCCCAUGGCACGAGUUUUUCUAUUCAUGCAGAAUCCACCCCAGCUGAAGGAGGCACAACCUCUUCGCUCCAUUCGACACGCUCAAGCACUGCAGUCCCAGAAACCAUGUCCUCCGCAGAGUCGGUGGCCUCUAUUGUCACCACGACAGCUACUGUUGGCAUGACUGAGCUAACCUCCGCCAAGGAACAAACUAGUCCCUCCCUCGCCCACUCUUCUACCAUGCAGCCGAAAGGAACCUCACCGCAGGAGACCACAACUCAACACCCGCCUUCUGGCUCUUCCACAGGGGAACCGGAGGUCAGCUCUGCCCGAGGCACCUCCGUUUCCCCGUCAACUUCUUCCCCUUCCAGUCACCACUCUUCCCUUGCCCUUACCAAGGAAACCACCGUCUCCUUCCGGUCCACCCAUCCUCCAGCCAAGGUCGAAUCAACAGCAGUUGAGGGGACCAGCCCUUCCCUCUCUUCGGCAACAUCUCCUACGUCUGUGCAGCUCAGAACCUCGACUCUGGAGGUGACCGGUUCCACCCCGAUGAGGUCGCCUUCCACUGUGGAGACCAGCGUCACGUCUCUUGAAGGUCAAACCACGCCAACCUUCAGCAAGGUUUCUCCCACUAAGGCCGAGCUGACCUCAGCAGAAGUGACCAAAACAGCUUCACCAGCAUCCGAAUCUCCCCUGGCCACGUCUCCUUCCAUGCAGACUGUAUCCUCUCCGGAUCGGACCUUGCCGCCAUCGUCUCCCUCAGACACCACCAUUGCAUCCCACGGCACGCAUUCUUCUAUUCAUGCAGAAUCCACCCCAGCUGAAGGAGGCACCACCUCUUCGCUCCAUUCGACACGCUCAAGCACUGAAGUCCCAGAAACCAUGUCCUCCACAGAGUCGAUGGCCUCUAUUGUCAUCAAGACAGCUACUGUUGGCAUGACUGAGCUAACCUCCGCCAAGGACCAAACUAGUCCCUCCCUCGCCCACUCUUCUACCAUGCAGCCGAAAGGAACCUCACCGCAGGAGACCACAACUCAACACCCGCCUUCUGGCUCUUCCACAGGGGAACCGGAGGUCAGCUCUGCCCGAGGCACCUCCGUUUCCCCGUCAACUUCUUCCCCUUCCAGUCACCCCUCUUCCAUUGCCCUUACCAAGCGCAACACCACACGUCACUUCCACGCGUACAACCCGUCAUCCAGACCAAAG